UCUGUCCAUUCAUUCGUCCAUCCGUCCAUCUACCCACCCAUCUAUCCAUCCAUCCAUGCUCCAGUCCACUUGCUCUUGGUGAUUCCAGCCUUUGGGGAAGGAGGCCAAAGGGUGGCUUCACUGCCGGGAAGACAUGAUCAACUAGAGAACAAGCUCUGAUCUAAAAGUCAAGAACCCUGGUUCUCUUCUUGGUUCUGCCACAAACUCACUGUGUGAACCAGGUCAGAUGGCUCGGCCAUUCCGGCCCUCUCUCCUCACCUGCAUAAUGGGGACAGUUGGGCCAGAAGGUGGGUGGGGGUGUUGCAGUUCUGACAUUCCAUGGCUGACCCUUUAGCCCCUGAUGUCACAAUAUGGAGCUCGGUUGUGAUUGGCCUAUAGUCUCACCCAGCUCUGCUGUUCUCUUGGUCAUGGGCACAAGAUGGACUUGCCCUGGACCUUCCCUACUUGUGCUCCUCUGUUAUGGGCAGCUCUUGCCACGGCUCAGGACAGAGGGUGAUCAUUUGUUUGGGGACCUGAAGAACAAUGAGGUCAGACAAGAGGGCCAGCAAGUGACAGUCAACCCCAAGGAAAAUGUGACGGGCCACAGCCCAGACGCAGUCUACAAUGAGACCAUGGCGAUGUCGUUCCUGGAGUUUUAUGAGAUUACUGCCCGGAUUGUGUGGAACCAGUUGAUGGAGGCCACCUGGAACUAUGUUACCAACAUCACUAAGAAGAAUCAAGAAGAGAUGCUGCUCAAGGACGUGAAGCGUUCCCAGCACAUGCUGUACUUCGGCUCCCGGGCCCGCCUGUUUAAGAUGGCUGACCUGCAGAGCCCGGUUGUGAAGCGCAUGCUGAGUAAGCUGCAGCACAUAGACAAGGCAGCCCUGCCCCAGGACGACCUCCAGGAGGUGAUGCCGGACCCCCAGUUCUCCAGGCACAGGCUCCCCACUCCAGGGUACAACCAGCUUCUGGCCUACAUGGAGACAACGUACAGCACGGCCCAGGUGUGCCUGAAUGAGGGACCCUGCCUACCCCUGGAACCUGACCUCCAAGAAAUCAUGGCCACUUCCCAGGACCAGAAGGAGCUGGUGUGGGCCUGGCAGGGCUGGCGGGAUGCUGUGGGCCGCCCGCUCCGCUUCGUCUUCGAGCACUACGUGCGUCUCAGCAACAAGAUUGCCAAGCUCAACGGCUACAAAGACAUGGGGGCCAUGUGGCGGUCUAAGUACGAGUCAGACACGCUGGAGCGGGAGCUGGAGCAGCUGUACCAGGAGCUGCGGCCGCUCUACCUGAACCUGCAUGCCUACGUGCGCCGCGCCCUGCACCGCCACUACGGGCCCCCCACCAUCGACCUGCGGGGGCCCAUCCCGGCCCACCUCCUGGGGAACAUGUGGGCUCAGUCUUGGGUCAACAUCUUAGACUUGGUGCUGCCGUUCCCGAAUAAGCCCCCGGAGGACAUCACGAAGAUCAUGAAAGUCCAGCACUGGAGGCCCACGAAGAUGUUUGAAGAGGCUGAUAAGUUCUUUACCUCCAUGGGGCUGCUGCCCACCCCUCCUGAAUUCUGGAGCCGGUCCAUGCUGGAGCGGCCGACGGACGGGCGGGAGGUGGAAUGCCACGCGUCCGCCUGGGACUUCUACAACGGCAGGGACUUCAGGAUAAAGAAGUGCACCGAGGUGACCAUAGAAGACCUGCUCUCCGUCUUCCACCAGAUGGGCCACAUCCAGUAUUUCAUGCAGUACAGGAACCUCUCAGUGAUCUUCCGCGCAGGCGCCAACCCGGCCUUUGAAGAGGCCGUGGGGUCAGUCAUCACCCUGUCGGUCUCGUCCCACAGGCACCUGCUCAGCAAAGGCCUGCUCAGCCAGCAGCACCAGGAUCCAGAGGAGGAGGUCAAUUUCCUGAUGGGCAUUGCCCUGGAGAAGAUCCCCUUCAUCCCCUUCGCCUACCUGAUGGACCUGUUUCGCUGGAAGGUCUUCGACGGCACCAUCCACAACGGCAUCUACAACCAGGAGUGGUGGAACCUCAGGUUGAAGUACCAGGGCGUGUGCCCUCCCGUCCCUCGGUCGGAGGAUGACUUCGACCCAGGCGCCAAGUUCCACAUCUCUGCCAGCGUGCCCUACCUACGAUACUUCCUAGGUCUGGUGCUCCAGUUCCAGAUCCAUGAAGCACUGUGCCAGGCCGCAGGCCACGUGGGCCCGCUGCACCGCUGUGACAUCUACAACUCCAAGAUAGCUGGGAAGCUCCUGGAGGACGUCCUAAAGCUGGGUUCAAGCAAGCCCUGGCCAGAGGUCCUGGAACAGAUGACCGGGCAGACAAAGAUGUCCGCAAAGGCCCUCAUGAGAUACUUCAAGCCCUUGAUGAAUUGGCUGGUCGCUGAGAACGUGCGGGAAGGGGAGAUCCUGGGCUGGCCAGACUUCACCUGUUCCUUUGAAGAAAAAGUCACAGACAAGGUGGCAUUUCUGGGUCUGCAGCUGAACAACGACCAGGCCAACACUGGACAGUGGGUGUUGCUGGUUGUGAGCUUAGUCGUGUUCCUGGUGGCCCUCGUGCUGGCCUGCAGGCUGUACUCCCGGGAAAAACAGUUACUGUCCCGAGACACCAACACCCAGGACUCUCAGGACACCAGCGCACCCAAGACACUGCCCACCACCUACUUCCUGGGCAUAGCCAUGGAUCCUCGCCAGGCCACCACAAGACAGUGGAUCCUACUGGGCGUCUGCCUCAUCCUGGUGAUAUGUUCAAUUGCCCUGGCUGUUCAGAUGCUCAUACAGCACAACAGGAAGCCUCCAUGGAUGAGAGCUGAAUGGUGGAGCUGGGCCUAGACUCUAGUGUGACCGCUAUUUCUUUCCAGGCUGCGUCUGCCUGCCACAGGGAUGCCACACCCAUUAGAGUGGGACCCCUGAGUUGGAACUAUAGCUCCGGGGGUGCCUGAGGAGUCUGAGAAUUAGUGCCUGUUGGAAUGAAGGGAAAGCUCUAAGCCCAGCCAGCAACCACAGAGAAGGAGGCACCGGUGCUGCAGUUGAACUGGCAGGAGGGUGGUCAAAAGGGGACCAGCUCCCUGAGGUUAAGGAGCUGGGUUCAGAAGUUGGGGCCAGGGAACAGAGGUACUGGGUUGAAUCUCCAGGGACUCGACCUCUAGCUAAGUUUGAAGAGGGUUUUCUUGAGUUCUGGGUGAGCCCAAGCACUUCUUGCUCCCACCCAGGCUUUUGAAACUUAACUUUACUUUGCUAUACUGUCAUUAUUUGUCCCCAUCACUGGCUGUCAACUCUCUAAGGGUAGGACACCCAUCAGAACUGUGCCUCUGCGUCACACAUGUAGCCAGCACAGGCCAUGGCACAUAAAGGGGACUUGGAAAAUAUUUGAGUAAGUGGAUGCAUGAGUGUCCACUGCCCAAGUCCCUCCUCGAAGCUCAGCACCCUCCACACUGAGUCCCACCUUUUUUCCACAGCCAGCCUGCCCCUCCACACACAGGGGCAGCCAGGACACCGCUGCCCCCCCUGAGGCCACACUUGCAGCCUUCCCAUCCCCCAGCCAGAGGCCCCCAAAGAAGCCAAAGAGGCCCCCACCAGGCAUUGUGGCUCAGCAUGGCAAAAGCACACCCAGCCCAGCAGCGCAAGCCUCUCAUCUGGACUCCAGCAAAAACCUCACUGAGCCUCCUUGUCCGUCCUCCCUCCCCACCUCCUCAUUGUCAAUUUUUUUUCUGAAAUAUUUCAUGUCUAACUGCAUAAGAACUCGGUUGUCCAGCAAUUAAAUGUAGAAGUUCAAAACAGCAUCUGAGGGUU